AUGGACAUGCACCUCGAUGUGAACGGCGCCAAGGUACCCAACGAAGCCGGCAAGGUGAUUUUUGUGUCAGCCUACUUGCGCGGUCAGGCAUGGGAUUGGUUCGGACCUCACAUCCGUGACUAUUAUGGAAAGAAACCUGAAGAAUGGUCGGAUACCACGACAAACAUCUUCAGCGAGUAUCGCAACUUCCGUCGACACCUCGAAAAUACGUUCGGAGACAUCGACGCUGCGAGAACAGCCCAGAAAAAGUUACAACGAAUCCGACAAACCGGAACCAUGUCAAGCUAUGCCUCUGACUGGAAUGAAAUCCGACGUCAAGGACGAGCUAGCGCGAAUGGAUCAGCCAGAGGAGCUUGA